AUGAAUCCACACUGGUUCAGAAACUUGCGCCGACCCGUAUUGAGAACUACUGCCAGACUCUUCAAACCACAUCAAAGAGUGUUUCUACCGUUCAAGAGCACACCCGUGUCGACCACUGCAUCGCCAGACAGCCCAGUCUUGUUGCCCGCCUCAACGCCCAUUGAGGAAGAAGAGCUUCCCGGAUAUGUCGCUGAAGAUUACUACCCGACGCGUAUCGGACAAGUCUUUGAGUCGCGAUACCGUGUCCUUUGCAAACUUGGUCGAGGGACUGGGUCCACUGUUUGGUUAGCCAAAGACCUAUGUCAUGAACAAUAUCGUGUGCUGAAAGUUUGCACAUUAGCCAAGAAUAGCAUUGUCCUGCAGCAAGCCCAGAAUGAGAUUGCCGUGCUGGAUUACCUCAAGUCAUCACCCGUGCAACAACAUCCGGGCAAAGCCUUCGUCAGAACAAUCUUGACCUCGUUUGAAGUCUCUGGACCCAAGGGCUCGCAUCAAUGCCUGGUAUACCAGCCAUUGGGAAUGACAUUCACUGAGCUGCGAAAUCUCCUUCCGCAAGGGAGGAUCGAAACCCGUAUGCUACAGCACGCGUUGCAGAUACUUCUCGUGGCCUUGGAUUACCUGCACAAAAACAAUGUGGUUCAUACUGAUAUCUCCCCGAAUAAUAUUCUUUGUGGUGUAAAGAACCUGUCACCAUUCGAGGAGCUCGAGGAAGCGGAGCGAGCACAGCCAGUCGCGCGCAAGGUGCUCCCUGAUCGGGUGAUAUACCUGUCGCGGCAGACACCCAUGACCCAGGGCGAGCCUGUUCUCUCUGACCUUGGAUCCGCGAGGUUCGGGCAAGAAGAGUACCAAGGGGACAUCAUGCCCCUGGUCUACAGAGCCCCCGAAGUAAUUUUGGACAUGAAGUGGUCCUCCAAGGUAGAUAUCUGGUCUAUGGGUGUCAUGGUUUGGGAUUUGCUUGAGGGAAGACGCCUAUUCGUCGCCAAAAGAGACGGCCUUGUAGACGACGAGCAACAUGUAGCAGAAAUGGUAUCGCUCAUGGGCCCACCACCACGUGAAUUCCUGCAACGGAGUAAGAAGUGUGCGGCUUAUUUUGACGACUCUGGCAACUGGCUGGGAUCCAUCCCCAUUCCAACCACGUCUCUCGAAGAGCGGGUUACUCACUUGGAAGGCCAGGACAAACAGCUGAUGCUGAGUUUUGCCCGUCGUGCCUUGCGCUGGCUACCAGAGGAGCGGCCCACGGCUGAGGAACUGGCGUUUGAUGAUUGGUUGAUGCAGCCAUACUCGGAAUCCAAGGAUCUGGAGAAAGGUCUCGAUAGUGAGGGAUAG